AUGGCUGGAAUCGUUGGAGAAGAGAGAUAUGUCUUUGAAACUGAAUGGUAUGAUUAGCAAGCUUCCCUUAUCAGAUCCUACAGAGUUACUUAUUAUCCAGGUGAUUAGACUGUUGAGAUGUAUGAUAAUAAAAACAGAAGAAUUUUCUUGAAACGUAGCCCUCAGGGUGGAAUCGUUAUGAAUGAUUUAUAUGUUGGUUCUAUUCUGACAGUUUAAACAAGAUAACUUAAAAUCAUUGAUUAUGGUGAUGUGGCAACUAGAAAGAGAUUUGAAGUGGACAGAUAAAGGACUUUCGCAAUGAUCAAGCCAGAUGCUUACACAAAUAUUGGAAAGAUCAUUGAUGCAAUUUACCUCAACGGAUUUAAAAUAUCUAAGUUAAAAAUGUCAAGAUUCACCCCUGCUACUGCAGGCGUGUUUUACGGAGAGCAUAAAGGAAAGCCUUUCUUCCCCAAUCUUCAACAAUUCAUCACCAGUGAUGUAGUAGUCGGCAUGGAACUUGUAGCUGAAAAUGCAAUAGACAAAUGGAGAUAAUUGAUUGGACCAACCAAUACAGCAGUGGCAAAGACUGAUGCUCCAGAUUCACUUAGAGCUUACUUCGGUACAGAUGGAACUAAGAAUGCUGUUCAUGGUAGUGACUCAAACGGAUCUGUAAAAAAGGAGACUGCCUUUUGGUUUGAAGGAAACCCAUCAGACAGACCAAUGAAGACCACAGCUCAAUUGAACUCUUGUUCUCUCUGUAUUAUAAAGCCACAUAUUAUUCAAGCUGGUCAAGCAGGCAUGAUCAUUGACUUGAUUCUUUAAGAAGGUUUCGAAAUCUCAGGUAUGGAGAUGUUCCAUCUUAACAAGGCAACAGUCGAAGAAUUUUAUGAUGUGUACAAGGGAGUACUUCCUGAAUAUGUUCCUCUAAUUGAGCAUUUGUCAUCAGGACCAAUAAUUGUAAUGGAGAUAAGAUAAGAAAAUGUUGUUCCAAACUUUAGAGCUUUGGUAGGACCUCACGAUCCAGAAAUCGCUAAACAUCUAAGACCAAACACAAUUAGAGCUAAGUUUGGACUGGAUAGAGUUAGAAAUGCACUUCACUGUACUGACCUGGCAGAGGAUGCAGUUGUUGAAUGUGAAUACUUUUUCAAUAUUCUGCAAGCAUAUCAGUGA